CAAUUCUCCCUGUCUUCUCAGUCCCUCCUUAUGUUGGUCCUCAAUAAUACCAAUGCUCAGACUCUGACCUUCUUCCUGACGGGUAUCCCAGGCCUGAGAGCAGCCCAGGUCUGGAUCUCCAUCCCGUUCUGCCUCCUAUAUGGCAUUGCCCUCACUGGAAACAGCAUGAUCCUAUUUGUGGUCCUCCGUGAGCAGAGUCUCCAUGAGCCCAUGUAUUAUUUCCUCUCUAUGCUUUCAGCCACAGAUCUGAGCUUGUGUCUGUGCACGCUUUCCACUACUCUGGGCGUCUUCUGGUUUGAAGCUAAAGCGAUCAACAUCGAUUCCUGCAUUGCUCAGAUGUUCUUUCUGCAUGGAUUCACUUUUAUGGAGUCUGGGGUUCUGUUGGCCAUGGCGUUUGAUCGUUUUGUGGCGAUCUGUAACCCGCUGAGGUACACCACCAUCCUUACCAAUGCCAGGAUCAUCCAGAUCGGGCUGACCAUGUUGAUAAGGAAUGUUGCUGUCAUGCUACCAGUUGUGCUUUUUGUCAAGAGGCUGGUCUUCUGCAGGUCCUUGGUUCUUUCACAUUCCUACUGCUACCAUGUCGAUCUUAUUCAACUCUCAUGCACAGAUAACAGAAUCAACAGCAUUCUGGGUCUGAUUGCACUCUUCUCCACAACAGGAUUUGACUGUCCUUGCAUCUUGAUCUCCUAUGUCCUUAUUAUUCGUUCCGUCCUUGGCAUUGCUUCCUCAGAGGGGCGGCGGAAAGCCUUCAACACUUGCAUAUCUCACAUCAGUGCUGUUGCUAUCUUCUACAUCCCUCUCAUCAGCUUGUCUCUUGUCCAUCGCUAUGGCCAUUCUGCACCUGCAUUUGUCCACACUAUUAUGGCCAAUGUUUUCCUGCUUAUUCCUCCUGUGCUCAACCCUAUAAUCUAUAGUGUGAAGACUAAACAGAUUCGAAAGGCGAUUGUUAAGGUUUUAAUGCAGAAGAAGAACCAGAUCUAA